AUCAAAAAAAAAAAAGGAACUCCCUCCUCUUCUCGAGCAAACUCUAGAAGUUGUUCAAUCCUCAAUUCUUCAUCUCUCGCACCUUCUAAACUCUCUCUACUUCUUCUCCCUCUCGACAACUUUCUAAUCCAGCUACAGCUACAAACACAAAGAUCUCUCCUUUAUUUCAGGGAAAAUGGCAGAACCAGCUUACACGGUUGCCUCGGACAGCGAAAACACAGGAGAAGAGAAAUCAUCAUCAUCUCCUUCACUACCCGAAAUAGCAGUUGGAAUCGAUAUUGGUACAUCCCAAUGCAGCAUAGCAGUUUGGAACGGCUCUCAAGUUCACAUCUUGAGGAACACAAGAAACCAGAAACUAAUCAAAUCAUUCGUCACUUUCAAAGACGAAGUCCCUGCAGGAGGUGUGAGCAACCAGCUCUCACACGAGCAAGAAAUGCUAACCGGAGCAGCCAUCUUCAACAUGAAACGUCUCAUCGGCCGUGUAGACACAGACCCUGUGGUUCACGCCAGCAAAAACCUUCCUUUUUUUGUUCAAACGCUAGACAUUGGAGUCAGGCCGUUCAUCGCUGCGUUGGUGAACAAUGCUUGGAGAUCCACAACUCCAGAGGAAGUUCUUGCGAUAUUUCUUGUGGAGUUGCGUCUAAUGGCUGAAACUCAGCUGAAACGUGCCGUGAGAAACGUUGUUCUCACGGUUCCUGUUUCUUUCUCCAGGUUUCAGCUCACAAGGAUGGAGAGAGCUUGUGCUAUGGCUGGACUUCAUGUUCUUCGUUUGAUGCCUGAACCAACCGCAAUCGCGUUGCUUUACGCGCAGCAGCAGCAGAUGACUACGCAUGAGAAUAUGGGAAGUGGAAGCGAGAGGCUUGCGGUUAUAUUCAACAUCGGUGCUGGUUAUUGUGACGUUGCGGUUACAGCGACUGCUGGUGGCGUUUCGCAGAUCAAAUCCUUGGCGGGAAACGCCAUUGGAGGAGAAGACAUUCUGCAGAACACAAUGCGCUAUAUCGCUCCUCCGAACAAAGAAGCUUCAGGGUUGCUCCGUGUAGCGACGCAGGACGCUAUACACAGGCUGUCUAGUCAAGAAAACGUCCAAAUCGAAGUGGAUUUGGGAGACGGCGACAUGGUUUCCAAGGUUCUUGAUAGGUUGGAGUUUGAAGAAGUGAACGAGAAGGUGUUUCAAGAAUGCGAGAGGCUUGUUGUGCAGUGUCUGCGAGAUGCGAGAGUGGAGAGUGGUGAUAUCGACGAUGUGAUUAUGGUGGGAGGGUGUUCUUGCAUCCCGAAAGUAAGAGCCAUUCUCAAGAACGUAUGCAAGAAAGAUGAGAUUUACAAAGACGUGAAUCCUUUAGAAGCUGCGGUGAGAGGUGCAGCUUUGGAAGGUGCUGUGACUUCAGGGAUUCACGAUCCGUUUGGGAGCUUAGAUCUCUUGACUAUACAAGCCACGGCUCUUGCGGUUGGUGUAAGAGCUAACGGAAACAAGUUCGUACCAGUGAUUCCACGCAACACGAUGGUUCCUGCGAGGAAAGACCUCUUCUUCACGACGGUUCAUGAUGACCAGAAGGAAGCUUUGAUCGUUGUGUGUGAAGGAGAAGGAGAGACUGUUGAAGAGAAUCAUCUUCUUGGAUUUUUCAAGAUCGUUGGGAUUCCUCCAUCGCAGAAAGGUGUUCCGGAGAUUAAUGUUUGUAUGGACAUUGAUGCGUCGAAUGCUUUGCGUGUUUUUGCAGCUGUGUUGAUGCCUGGCUCGAAAAGCCCUGUGGUUCCUGUGGUUGAAGUGAGGAUGCCGACGGUUGAUGAUGGACAUGGUUGGUGUGCUCAAGCUUUGAAUGUGAAGUAUGGAUCUACUCUUGAUUUGAUUACUCUCCAGAGGAAGAUGUAAGGUUUUGAAUAAAAAAUCGGUUGGUGAUAGUUUUUAGAAUGAUGAGAUGUGAGAGUCUGUUUGAUAUUAUGAUCUUUUAGAGGAGAGUUUGUAUAGUUUGUGUGUUGGGUGUGUUGUAUUUAAGUUGUAAACAAUGUUCAUAUGUGUAAUGAAGUAAUACUGUUCUUGUAGAAUAACAUUCUUUCU